GCCAGACUCGCGCUCACAUAGAGAAGGCUGCGCCGAAGCGCGGUGAUCAAUCUCCAUUUAGAGCCAGCAGCCAGAGUAGACAAGUGGCUCCUGUUUUCACUCACUGAGUUUAUUUGUGCCCAGUCGAAUAAAAAAGCUUCGCAGCCAAUAGGCGAGCUGAGCCGGAUCGGGAUUGUGAAUCAUCCAAACGGACAGCAAAAACUAAAAGGAAAGUUUUGAAGAUUUGGAGGCCGGACCGUCCAGUGUUUAGCAUGAUGUCAUACCUCAAACAACCUCCGUACGGGAUGAACGGACUGAGCCUGACUACACCUGGCAUGGAUUUACUGCACCAUUCGGUCGGGUACCCGGCGACGCCGAGGAAGCAGAGGCGAGAGCGCACGACGUUCACCCGCUCCCAGCUGGAUGUGCUAGAGUCACUUUUCGCCAAAACCCGAUACCCUGAUAUCUUCAUGAGGGAGGAAGUGGCUUUAAAGAUUAAUCUACCUGAAUCGAGAGUACAAGUGUGGUUUAAAAAUCGCCGGGCCAAAUGCCGCCAGCAGCAGCAGAACGGAGGCAGCGCCAAAUCGCGACCGGCCAAGAAGAAGUCGUCCCCGACCCGGGAGAGCAGCGGCUCGGAGAGCAGCGGCCAGUUCACCCCGCCCGCCGUCUCCUCGAGUAGCGGCAGCAGCAGCAGCUCCAACCCGGCCGCCCCCAUCCUCAGUACCCCCGCGUCCAUCUGGAGCCCGGCGUCCAUCUCCCCGGGGGCCGCGGUCGGGGAGCCUCUGGCGGCCACUGCUUCCUGUAUGCAGCGCUGUUCAUCCUCGACCUCCUCCAGCGCCUACCCUAUGGCUUACGGUCAAGGCAGCGGCUACACCCAGGGCUACCCGCCUUCCUCCUCUUACUUUAGCGGCGUGGAUUGCGGCUCCUACCUGGCACCCAUGCACUCACAUCACCCUCAUCACCCUCACCACCAGCUCUCUGCCCAUAGCGCCGCUCUCAGCCCCAUGAGCACCUCAUCCAUGUCUGGGCAUCACAUCAGCCAGAGUGCUGCUCACCACCACCAUCACCCUCACCAGAGCUACACUGGGGCAGGACUGGCUUUCAAUUCAACAGACUGCCUGGAUUACAAAGAGCAAGCCUCCUCCUGGAAACUCAACUUCAACACAACGGACUGUUUGGAUUACAAAGAUCAGACUCCGUCCUGGAAAUUUCAGGUCUUGUGAAACUGUGGCCCGAUUUUAAUGUUUUAACCAUUGUCUCCAACCCGAUUUUCAGAACUUGUUGCUUCCUGCUCUGAUUUGACGGAAACAGGUGUCUGAAACUUCAUGUUGUUAUUUCUCCAAUCUUUUUAGGUAUUUGACAAUCAACACGGUUUCUGUUUUUAAUUGGAUAUUGCUGAGUGUAGGUGUUUGGACUUGUCGAGUAGACAGAGCCAAUCUCAUUGUCAUACCCUUGGAUGCAACAUUACUGUACAACACAAGCUG